AUGUUUCUGGGCUUAGUUCCAGCUAGAGCUGCUAUAACGGCUUAUUCAAGGCUAUCCUUAUAUUCACGACAGCGUUAUCAUUGUAUAGAGUUGUUAUUAGUACACAAAUUACACACACCGGGAUUACGGUUUACAAGUAAUAAACCUGCAAAAAAACAUCAGGAAGGUAAAAAACGUUCAAAGGAACACAAAACAGAACCGGCGGAUCGGCAACGAACUACAGCCACUGUUGGAGAUAAUAAAAGACGUAAAUCUCAACCAAAACAGCUAGAAAUCGCAUACGAGCCCUAUUGGACCGAGGAAGCUAUUGCUGAGUUAGAAUCGAAACAACCAGAAUUAGUUAUAAGGGGCACAGUAACGAUCCCCGCUUUUGCUACUGCAGAGGCUAAAGUCGUUACACAUACGAAAACUAGCAAUUCAAAACGCACUACAGACUCAAACAAAGAUGCUAAAGGUGGUAGUGUAUGCGCCUCGAGCGACCCUGAUGUGGAAACAAAACAAAGUAUUCGAGGUGAUGACGGUAGACACGAAAGUGUAAACAUAUCAAAGGAAUUGGAUUCCAAAAUAGAAACACAAAAUAAUCGACGAUCUAGAGCUUUCGAAAGUGAUGUUGAGGGGGAUGGAAACCGUAAGGAUAAUUAUACCGUUCGCGUAUUUGGUUUCCUCGCAAGGAAUAGGGCGUUCCAUGGUGAUGAUGUAGUUGCAAUCAAACAACGUAGGCAAAGGACCCCACCAACGAACAACUCGCAUGAAAGGGCGGUAUCUGAUGAAUGCAGGGUGGUGAGUGUGACCAAAAGGUCAUCAGCCCUCGAAAGUUUUGUUGGAGUAUUAGACAUCGAGGUCUGCAAAGAUGAAACACAAGAGGCCAUCAAGUGUCAACCACAUGACACGCGAUGGCCCGCAUUCAACGUACGAAGAUGUGACAUAGAUGCUGAAAUCAAGCAACAAUUUUCACAGUUUCACAGCAAAGGAAAAAUAUUUUGUCUCAUGAGAUUUCAACAAUGGAAUGAAAAUGAUAUGGAACCGACCGGUCUAGUGACCAAAAUCAUUGGAGAUGUUUCAAAUCCAUCUGCUAGGAUGCAGGCAUUGAUGGUUUUUCAUGGGCUGAAUCCAAAUGGGUUUUCGGAACAGGUCAUUAAAAACCUCAAUGAACUCAUCAAAACGGCAGACGAAACAAAGGACAAAAAUAGAGUCGAUCGGCGCGAUUUAACUGUUUUUACAAUUGAUCCGCAAGAUGCUAAGGAUCUCGAUGACGCACUAUCUGUAGAAAUAGGUACAGAUGAUAAUGGAAACUACAAAUACACGGUGGGUGUCCACAUAGCAGAUGUCAGCCAUUAUGUCAAAGAGGGGUCGCUAGUGGAUCUCGAUGCUAGACAAAGGGCUACUUCUGUAUAUAUGGAACACCAAGUUUUUCCUAUGCUGCCGCAAAUGCUGAGCGAAAAUUUGUGUUCCCUUCUGCCUCACAGUGAGAAGCUGUGCUUUUCUAUGUUUGCUGAUCUUGUGGAAAGUCAUAAUGGAGGAGAACUAAUAGGCAACAACCUAUACAUUCGCAAUGUUUCCUUUCAACUCACAAGGAUUUUCAGCUGUCAGAGAUUAAGUUACCAAACUGCCAAAGAGAUCAUACAUGGAGAGUUGGGUAAAAGGUCCCUUCUCAACACCACAAAUCUAGAGUCAAUGAGCAUGUAUCGAUUUCAAAGGGACGUUAUGGAGUCCAAUGAUGGUCAUCUGACGGAGACCAACGUUCCCUGUGAGAACAGAGGAAAACUCGAUCAUCCAAGGCAACGGCUUAAGGACGGUUACGAUACCAAGACCGAUAUUACCAAACCUCUUCUCGUCCUCUACUUUAUAUCUAGGAAGCUAAGGGACUUUAGACUAAGGCAACGAGGAGCCGUUACAGUCGACAUCAGCGGGAACCACAAGUGUCAUAUACCCAAGGUGGGAGAAAAUACCGGUAGAUUCUGGGUGGAAGAAAUACCGACUGAAAGUCAUGAGUUGGUUGAGGAAAUGAUGUUACUAGCUAAUACGCAAGCGGCACAGCUGCUGGCAAAGAGCUUUGAUCGCUAUUUCCUUAGAGUGCACGAGAACACGUCACGGGCCGUUAAGCAGCUGGUCACAUCGAUGAUGCCACAGGAACUCAAGAAGAUUAUUAACCCAGAGGUAUUGCAGAUACCAGAAUUGCUUAGGAAAUGUGCCAAACACAUGGAACCUACAGCAUUUCAAUCGCUUAGUUUUGCCGCGCUUCAACAAUUCAAAGAAGCUGUUUACUCACCUAUCAACAGAGAUGAAACUUCGACGGAAUCCGUAACAAGUCAUUGGGGCUUAGCAUUGCCUAUGUAUCUUCAUUUCACAUCGCCAAUACGACGGUAUUCAGAUCUCUAUACACAUCGGAUGCUGAAAACAGUCAUCGAUAAUACAUACACGGAACAAUCGCUGAAGGUGCUGGACGAGAUAUGCAAACGGUGUAAUAUGCAGAAGAGAAAAGCAUUUGAUGUGCAAAAGGAAUACAAGAAUUUUGCCUUCAACCAAUACCUUCAGUGGGCGUGUACAAAAGAGGACGGUUCACAGCCUUAUGCAGCAACCGAUGACAUGUUCGCCAAAGCAUAUACCAAGGAUGAUACAGAUGCUUGGGGGAUGGUCUAUAAUGAUGCGUGUGUGUUCUCAGUCGUAUUAGGAACCACCAGCGAGGGUGCUCAAAAUAAUGUGAGUAUCGUGUUCUACAUACCACUGCUUAAUGAACAGCGCAGUGUGAGCUGUAAAUCGCUUAAUGUGGAGCCAAUUCAGGCGAUAGUUGGUGGAGAAAAGAAGAAACUUGACGCUGGGAAAGCGACAUGCAACCAAGGCAUUGUCGACGGUUAUCAUAAGGAGCUGCAGAAUGACAGCAGCAACGACAAACGUGAAGAUGACCGAGUACAUAGUAUCACGGUUCGCAAAGGAGACGAGGAACUUACACUAUACCAUUACCAGAGAAUUAAAGUGGUGCUGGUACCAGGGUCACAAAUGUGGACUCUGCGUUUAGCAAAUGAUUGA